CGCUCAUGCUCUGACAGCAGAUGUCAGUGUAUCAGAGACUGCUAAGGCUGCUGAGCUCUUCCUCGCUGAUGGUGUUGUAUUGACUGGCACAGCUACUGGAAUGCAGGCUGAUCCUAAAGAAUUGAAAGGGUCCUAACAAGCCAAGAUGCCAAUCGACGUUAAUGACGUGAUGCGCCUGUUGUGCCGUAUCUCUGAGGAGAGGAAGAUGAAGGCUGCUAUCAAGCAUUCUGGACAAGGAGCACUAGUAGCGGGUGCAACAGCAUUUGUUGGGGGCUUAAUGGGGGGCCCACCUGGAAUAGCCAUAGGGGGUGCAGUUGGUGGUUUAUUUGGUGCUUGGAUGACUGCUGGACAGUUUAAGCCAAUCCCCCAGAUUAUACUGGAACUGUCCCCUGCCGAGCAGCAGAAGCUCUAUGACGAUGCCUUCGCUAUUAUCAGAAACUUAGACUGGACUGAUGCUGCACAGUUGACUGCCCUUGUAAUGGGAAAUGCUGCCCUCCAACAGAAGCUGGCAGCAGUACUAAUAAAUUAUCUCUCACACGAGCUAAAAGCAGAAAUACGAUAUGGAGAGUAAACCUUUCCAGAGUGUGUUUGGGUUUUGAGGUUUCUUUGUUUUUUUUCCACUUUACAAUGAAGGAAAUUUCAUUUUGACAACUGUGAUUUUUUUCAUUUAAUAUAAUGAUUACUAGUUAUUGCAGCUAAUUGUAAAGUUAAGGAAAUGUCAUAGGCAGAUAUAUAUAUAUUUUUUUGUGAAUCUAGAAUUAGAUUACAGGAGGCCCCUGCUUUGCGAUGGCCCAAUUUUGUGACCCUCCCGCACUUACGACCUUUUCUGUAAGUGCGGAAGGGGCCGAAAUCCUCCGACAUACAUCCUUGGCCCCACAUUUACAAUGGCGUACGAUGCCUGUCAUAAAUGCGGUCUCAAUUUACGACGCCCCUGACUUGCAAUGCUGUCUCUGGAACCGAUUGCUUCGCAAGUCGGGCGCAGGCUGUACUGUAUUAUCUUAAACUGACUUGCUGUGCAAUUUCAGUUACUGGGUAUUGAAAACUGAAAUCAAGGUAAAACAUUAAAGAAACUGUUUCUCACACACCAAAUAUGAGUAGGAAAAUUUUCAGAUUCACUGUAGUGACUUAGGCUCUUAGGUCCCACUUUUAAGAGUGACUUACGCUCCAAAGUCACUUGAAAAUUUUACCCACUGUCUACUCCUGAACUGUGAAGAUUGCAAGAUUAAAGGGACUUCUGCUGACAAGUUAAAUAUCUUCUCAAACUUUUCUUUGUUCCCUGCUACAAUUUUAUCCUAAUUGAGUUUUUUUUAUUCACCUACAAGUCUGACAAAUGCCUAGCUGAACCUUAUUGCUACAGGUAGACAAAACGUGUAUAACUAGGUUGCUCCUGCUAAUCUUUUUUGGGAAGGCUUGACCAAAAAGGCUUCUAAAAUGGUGGUGGCUGCUGACGUCUCCUGCUGACGUCUCCCUUCCAGUCACAGAAUUGGGUUUGUCAUCUCAGCAUUGCCUUGUAGAGGAGAAAUGCUUUGCUCUGACUGAAAUUUGUUGAAUCUGAACUGUAAGUGUUAAUUAGUCCUUUCUUUUCUUUAAAAUAUUUUCAAAGAGUAAUGGUGUAAUGAACAAAUCUUCAGUACAAAUUAGUUCUCUUAGCCAAAUCUUAACUUUUUCUGUGCACCAGUAGCAAUAUAUGUAUGUCUUGUGAUAGAAAAUAAUGUACCCCUGCAUCCUGAUGGCAUAUCAUGUUUUUAAAACAAAUCAAGUCUAUCAGAAUUGUGAACUGAAACAUUAGCAAAAAUGAGGCAUGUUGUUUUAUUAUGUCAAACUAUAUUGAAUAAUGAUUUGGGAUGGUUUCCCAUACAUGUUGAAACUGAGGAAAUCUAAAUGGAAUUAUGCUUAUUAUCUUCUGGUUUUCCCCUAUUUAUAUUGAAAUACUGUAAAAAAAGCUCAUAUAUACAAAGUGUACAAAGGUGCCUUCUUUUAUAUGUAAAAAUGUACAAGAAAUUAAAUUGUUUUUAUAUUAUAUUCUUUUCCUAAUAGUAAAAUCAAAAUAAAGAAUUUUUGUCAGGCUUCCAAAAUUUGGAAUCUGGCUGGGAAAAAGUGUUCUUGAUUGACAGUUUACCAAAUAUGCUUGCUUGGAUUUGG